UUGAGUUUGUCGAGCGGUGAGGUUGAUCGGCGGUCGGCAUCGCAGUCGCAGUUGCAGCUCGAGCUUGAAGUGUCCAGCGAUAAACCCGUCGUCGCGCUGUCGGUACGUGGAGCAAAAUCAACCGAGCUGAGCUGUGCUGAACUGAGCACUCGCCAGUUGAUCGUGCGGAACCCCAUUGAAGCCAGCCAGCAUUCGGAUAUUACACAAAACGACUGAAAAUUGAGAAGCCUAAAAACCUGAGGCUCAGAGAGAGCGAGAAAGAGAGUGUGUCGCACCCUAAGCGGCGGGGGUGUGAGUGAGAGAGGAAAAGCAGCCGACGGCGACGCUAAAUUCAAUGACGCGACAACAAAAACAAUUAACAAAAUUCGCGUACGAAAUCGAAAAGCAACUACAAUUCGGCCUUCUCCAUAUUGGCAGCGGCCUAGCGCCGGCAAAAACAAUAACAAAAGCCAAGUGUUUGUGAUUAAGUCAACAAAGUAAGAUCAGCAAAAUAAAAAAAAAACCAAGACGAAGGAGGAACGUCUGUGAGCAAUGACGAUCUCCUAUGCUGGUGAAGUGCCAAAUGGAAGCAGUUUCGGCUGCUUCUGGAAAAUCCUUUGGAAAUGGCGCGGCAGCGUUUACAAAUUGAUCUGGCGCGAAUUAAUUGCGUAUCUGUGCUUAUACUAUACCAUAAAUGUUAUAUUCAGAUUUGGCCUGACGGAAAGUCAGCAGAACCUUUUUAAGAAAAUCCGCCUGUACUUUGGGCAGCAGGGUGAAAGUAUACCAAUGUCCUUCGUGCUGGCCUUCUAUGUAAAUCUGGUUGUGAAACGUUGGUGGGAACAGUAUCGUCUUUUGCCCUGGCCAGAUACGUUGGCCCUCUUUAUAAGUGCUGCCAUUCCCAACUCAAAUGGCGGUGUAAAUAACGAAACGGGUCGCCUAAUGCGUCGUAAUAUCAUGCGCUAUAUGGUUCUGGCCUAUGUGAUCACCCUGCAGCGAAUUUCCUUGCGAGUGAAACGUCGCUUUCCCACUACCCAGCAUCUCGUGGAUGCGGGUCUGAUGCACGAGUCCGAGAUGAAAAUCUUCGAGGCUCUGAAUCAGAAGAGUCCCAUGUCCAAAUACUGGAUGCCUCUGGUCUGGGCCACCAACAUCAUCAAUCGAGCCAGAAAGGAUGGCUUAAUUGCCUCGGAUCAUAUAGUUCAAACCAUUUUGGUGGAGCUAUCCGAUAUACGUAGACGUUUGGGUGGCCUUAUUGGCUACGAUACGGUCUGUGUUCCUUUGGUCUACACUCAGGUGGUUACCCUGGUGCUGUACACCUAUUUCAUAGCUGCCCUUUUGGGCCGACAAAUGUUGCCCAAUGUACUGGAUAGAAACGGCCGAGAAGAUCCGGAUUUGUAUUUCCCCCUCUUCACGGUACUGCAGUUUGUUUUCUACGUGGGCUGGCUGAAAGUGGCCGAGGUGCUAAUCAAUCCCUUUGGCGAAGAUGACGAUGAUAUCGAGCUUAACUGGCUGAUUGACCGGCACAUCAAGGCUGCCUACAUGAUCGUCGACGAGAUGCACGAGGAGCACCCCGAGUUGCUGCGGGAUCAGUACUGGGAGUGCGUGGUGCCCAAGGAUCUGCCCUACACGGUGGCCUCCGAGCAUUACAGGAAGGACGAGCCCAAAGGAUCCGCCGAGAAGUACAAGGUGAAGAAAGAGGACGCCAUGUACGCCAACAUAAUGCCAGGCGGCGGCAAGCGGAUGCUCAGCGACGAUGUCUACGCGGAUUAUGAAAGCGUGGACACUCCAAUGGUGGAGCGACGGAAGAAUAAUUGGCUGGUAAGGCAGCUGUCUCGAAUGGGUUCGAUGAGGAGCCAGUCGACGGCCUACUCCUCCGGGGGAAUGCCUUUCAACCGGAAUCGCUUGAAUUCCGUGUACUCUAGUCCCGAGUCUGGCUUGCCACUGACCAUCCUGCAGCAGCAGCAACUGCAGCAGGCGCAACAGCAACAGCAGGCUGGAUCGCAGCCAAAUAAAUCGAGUCUUUAUGGCAAGUUUGUGCACCGCAAGUCGCUCAGAGCGCAACGUCAACUUAUCAAGCAAAACUCCAAACUCAACGGCUUGAAUGUGAAUGUGGCCAAGACCAGACCGCGGAUUCCCACACCCGAAGUCACCAAGGAUGGCAGCACGAAUCCAGCCACCAGCUCGGUCCUAAUGGCACCACAUCAGCUGAGCACCACCAGCGCACCACCGGGCAUGUACCCCUCCUCCUACGCACCCGACACCCUUCUGCACCAGGAGAGCGGCCAGGUGCUGGGCACUCUGCUGCUCUCGCCCAUCAAAGAGAUGGAUAGCUCAUCGUCCAAUAACACUCUGAUUCCAGGACACCCGGCCACCGCCGCCCUGGCAGCCAGCAUGAAGGAAGGAUUCGCGCCGAGCACUAUACCUGCUGCCACGAACAUUACCACACUGUCGUUCCCGUUCAGUGUGACCAGCACCGGCGGAGAAACCGUUCCCACAGGAACCCUGAGCAUCCUUCCCAUCACGGCCAACGCCCAGUUGCCCACGAUUACCACAACGGCCAGUGGCUACGAUCCCAACGAUGUGAUCACCACGAUACCGGUGUCCUUGUCGAUUCAGCGAUCGCCGUCGGCACUUUCGAUUGUGGAACUGACAGGAACCGAUGUCCAGGAUGGCUACAGCAAUGGUUCCAGCAAUGGAAACGGUGGCUUAACCACCACCGCUCUGCUCUCCGUUAAACCUCUAACUGGAACCGCAAACAUUUCGCGCAACAACAGUUUCAACUUGAGCCUUAAUCUGCAGGAUCCGCAACAGCGAUCCUCGAUGAGGUCAGCAGGACCCGUGGAUACGGUGGACACCUCGGCCACGAUGCCAAUGCCUCCGAGGAGCGGAGGUCUAGAUGCGGGAGGAGCUGCAGGAUCAUCGGCACCUUCGACUCUGGCGAAACACAAGCCGGAACAAAAAACCGGAGAGGUGUACGUGUGACAUUAAUAUCACCAGGAUUGUUUUAGAUUCGUUUGAAAAUCGAGCCACGUAAUUAGCUUUAAGGCCCAAGGAUUUGUGCCACCCGGAACCACUAAAAUGAUAUUAUGAGUAGCCUAAAAAGUUUGAUUGGUUCAAGGACAACAUUCGAUUUGCUCCUUGAAAGUUUGUAGUCACUUUUUAUAGAAAAUCAUGCAGCAGAUCAGGAUGUCUUUUUAUAUUUUUAUUAUAAAUAUAAAUGUAUAAAUACCAUUAAAUAAGCAAUAUUUUAUCACUCUAAUAUUCUGAAAUCAUAAUCUACAUAAAGGCAAUAUCAGACGCCUUAGUUUUUACCAAAUAAGUUCAGCUCAACAAAAUUCUAGUAAAUGCAAAGAGUGUAUUAUCAAUCAAUUGUAACUGUAUAGAUUAUUGUAUAUAAUUAGCCUACUUAAUAGUAAAUUGACUUAUUGUUUUGGCACUUGCCAUAUUAGUUAAGCGUUUGAAUCUUUGCAUAACUUUAUGAAGAAUCUCUAUCUCGUGUAGGCAGUGUAAAUACUUGUAAACCAACACAGUAUGUGAUAUGCGAUUGUUAUCCAGCUAGAUUUUGUAUCUUUACAAGUACAGAUAAGUUUGUAUUCUGUUAUUAUAAUGCCCUGCAUGUGAAUGCAGGAAAUCUAUGCAGUUGUGCCCUUUGUACAGACGAGGAGGCAACUUCUUGUAGUUAUACUUUGAAAUAAAAUAAAUUUUUAACUAAUGUAA